CAAAACAUUUUGAUUUGCUUCAUUUUAACAUCCAAGGCAAAUUAUUUGUGAAGCCAUCUGCAAUCCACCAUGGAGGUAUUGGCCGGGAAAGACUUUUUCCGAGAUGUGAACAUUUUCAAUACGACUUACUACCCGACCAAUGUGAUGCUGUACUUCGAAAAGCAUCACAUCUUUGAAAUUAUUUUCGAUUUGAUGGUUCAGUUGUUGGAGAAACUACCCCCGAAUCCGUUUAUGUAUUUUGCAGAAAAUUUAGUGAUCACGGCAAAAAAGUAUCAGAACACCAAUGUGGCCUUCAAAUGCCCGCCAGAUUUUAACAUCGAGCAGCUGGCAAAAGUUUGCAGUCGAGUCAAUGAAGCCCCAAUAAUCGAGGUCAAAAAUCCUAGCUCGAGAUUUUGUUUAGAGAAAUUACAGGAACAGCUUGAACGAUUCAAGUUGGAUAAAAAGAAUUUAAUUUUCUUGGGGCCUGAUGACCGUGUUAUCAAAUGUUUUCUCAAGAAAAGAUUCCACCUAAACGGCGUAAUGAAUAGUGAAAACUUCAUAAAUGCAGAAAAUGAAAACGCCGAAAACGAUCUGGAAGUUUUGCUGCCCCUGGCUUUGGAUAUUCAGAAAACCGUUCAACUUCUCAGCAUCCGACCAAAUCAUAAGCACGUGAAGUACGUGGAAAGAAUUGUCUUCAUCGGUCGUCCCGGAUCCGGGAAGCACCGUCAAGCUCGACUGCUAGCCGAACGGCUGAAUCUGAUUCUGAUUUCAGUUAAUGAGCUCAUCAAUCGAGCUCGCACAGAGAAGAACUUGUUCGAAAAAACGCUGGAAAUCGGUCUGGCAGAUAAUGUGCAUACGUCGGAAUUGAUAACAACCAUCGUAGAAAAGCGAAUCUUGCAACCGGACUGUCUGAGGAUCGGUUGGAUUUUAGUGGAUUUUCCCAACACAGCUGAGGAUGUGGAAAAUUUGUUCCAGCUACUGGUCGCUCCACAAGUAGUCGUCAAUGUUCACACCAAUGAAAGACUUUGCUGGAAACGGAAAACUAAUCCAAGCAAAAUCCAACGAAAUUGGGAAGGCAAUGUUUUGGAUCAGAAAUUCUACCAUUCCAUGGUGAGGGCAGAGCUCAACUUUUACGAACUGAACAAGCUGGAAGUGGAAGCAGCUCUGGAACGUCAAAGCUGUGUGGUUUUCGAUAUUGACGGCAAUAAUGGAUUGGAGAAAGUUCACAGUGAUAUUAUUACUAAAUUGGCCAAAUUUCCCACUUGUGAAAAGUAGACAUCAAUUGACUUGUUAUUGUUUUAAACUUUAACACUAUGAAGAGAGAGAAUUUUACGCAACAAAUAAAUUGAAAUUUUACCUGA